AUGAAAGACAUGUCCAAAAAGAUCUUCGAAAAGGAGAAUUAAGCUGAGGUGUCUAAUAACCCUAGACAUUAGAAUAAAUCACUAACAUAAUUAGUCUCACUAUCAUUGAUUGGUGGAAAUAGAAAAAAUGAAUUUAAGAGUAUAGAUCUUAAAAACAAUAAUACAUCUAUUUCCUCCCGUCCACUAGUAUUCUGUAAGCCAGAGCCUAAAUUAAAAACUUUAACAACUUCUUCUCCAUAAAAAUAAUCCCCUAUAAAACCAAAAUAAGUAGAAACACAAUCAAAUGAGUUGUGUAAACUAAUUAACAAUUAUUCAGAGCCUAUUCUAGAUUAUUACUUGGAUUUAAAUAAUUAAACACCAAAAAACUUUUUGUCCAAUCACACAGUAAGUUCAAAUCUGAGAGCAAAGAUGAUUGAUUGGAUGGUUGAAGUACUUACUUCAUAUAAGUGCAAAGAUUAAACCUUCUUUUUAGCUGUUAAGUUGAUGGAUUCUUAUCUAUAGAAAACACCGUAAAAGCAUAUCCCUCAAGAUUUACAUUUAGUUGGCGUGACUACUAUGUUCAUGGCUUGUAAAUUUGAGGAAAUCUACCCAGUGAAAUUAUAAAUUGUACAUGAGAAGAUUGCACACAAGAAAUUAACCAAGGAUGAGAUUAAAGAUAAAGAAACAAACAUUUUAACCGCUUUAGAUUUUAAUUUUAUUGGGAUUACUGUUCUUGAUGUCAUUACGAUAGUACUCUCCAUAUUGAAUAUGAAUCAAUAGUUAUAUUAAAUAACAUUAUAUCUUGCUAAAGUGGCACUUUAUGACUAUGAAUUUGUUAAUAAUCACACGUAUGUGCAAAUUGCAUGUUCAGCUUUGAUUGUCAGUUCAAAAAUUGUAGAGUAAAUUGAUUAAACACUGUCAUCUGAAGUAGUUAUACCAUUGAUAGUUUCAACUUUGAAAAUGGACAACUCUGAUGCCAUGGAUUCAGCUAAUAAACUAUUGAAUUUAGCCAAAGGAUUUGAUAAAUAAUAUCCAAAUCUGGAAAAUUUAAGGAAGUUUAGUAAAUUUCAAUUGUCAGAUAUGUUAACAACCCAACCCUGA